AUGGCAAGCCGCGACAAUCCCACGUCCACCCAGGACUCGGCAUCAGCCGGUAUGUCCACCUCGCAGUCCACCUUCAUCACCCAGCAGCAACAACCCAUCACAACCAGCCGCACCUCCCCAUCUCCCAGUCAAUCCGCCAUUCUCUUUCCACCAGUUCUCUGGAACGACGGCACGCAACCUGAGAAUGAUAUCGCGACCGCAGACUCUCUUCCCACCACCGGCGAGUCAUUCGUGGCACGAGCUAAUCUUGCCCCCAUGGUCGCUGGCAUCGGGGGCUGGGCAGAUCCAGACCUGGGAAGAUUGAGUGAUCUCAAUAUCGACAUUGAGAAGGAGGUGCACAAGUAUGAAAUCACCUUUGGUCUAGUAUGCUAA